AGUUGAGCAUCAGAAAGGCUGCAAACGCAACCCUUCCAAAGAAAAAGAAAAUACCAGAAAUCGAAGAAAGGGGUUCUAUAUCAAAAGUCCUAGCGAAACAAAGAAAGGAUAUAUGGAAGCUGGGCAACUGGUGUAG